CGUGUCUAAAGAAAUCAAUAGAGAGGGAGUAGGCCUUCAUGUGUUUUACUAAUUAACCAUUGCCUGCUGCCUCAUUUGACUGUUCUUUGCCCUUGUCACACUGUCUGUCAGAUACUUCUUCCUCUGGACAGUACCUUCCUGUUUCUGUUAUAGGCCCUCGGACCAGUGCAUACCAAUAACAAUGGUAUUUUAGUGUAAACAAACUGUAAUCCAACCCUGGUUGUCUGUACUCAGUCCUUCAAAACCAAACAGCCACUGGCCCCAAAAGCUAGUCCCUCUCACAGGGUCAGGUUGGUUUCAGACAACUCCUUGCCUGAAACAAGGGACAUUCGAUGCUAAGCAGAGAUCAGAUGGCAGAGAUUGGGGAACCUGGGGACAUGGAGGUGAAUGAAGCUCAGUGUCUAGAGGGGGACAGAUCCUCCCUCAAAUCCACCAUGGAGAGGAACGUGAAGACACAACCUGACAGCCCAGUGAAGGAGAAGAAACUGGGGAUGAUGAAGCAAUUCAGGGAGAGCAUCAAGCGGGUUGGAGAGAGGAGUCAUCUGGCCUCAAACAGCAAAGAGUCAAAGGACAAAUCCAAUUCAGAACAGGGGGGACACAGUAUUGACCCUGAAGUGACCUCUCCAACCCAUCAGCUGCCACCCCCUCCCUCACCAUGUUUGAGUGCUGGGUCUCCUAUGGCCUCUCCCCUGAAGGGUCUAGGUGGGUCCUUCCAGAGGAAGGAGGGAGGAGAGAGUGCAGAAGAUUCACUCCAGAAAAAGCACACCAGAACACGCUCAGACCCAUCUGCAAUUGGGGACUCUCUUCUAAAGAAGGGGGCUUCCAUUCGACGGAGUUUGCGACUUGUGGGAAAUAAGAAAGACAAGGCCCUCAAACAAGAGCAGCUCCAGCCUGUCACUGAGAUCACUGUGGAUGAGAAGAGAGAGAGGGAGAAGGAGAGGGUAGAGAUAAAAGAGUCAUACAUACUCCCAGAGAUACCCCUCACACCCCUCUCAGUGAUGCAGAUCAAUAAGCUGAUUGGGAUGGAGGUGCUGGAGGAGGCCUAUCUGAACCUCCUCUCCCUGUGCCAGGAGUUCCAGCGGGAGAGGGAGGAGUGCACGGAGGAGGCCUCCUCUAUGGAGCUGGCCAAGAAGGAGAAGGACCUGAGGCUCCUGUACAAUGCCCUGCUGGACAAGGUGAAGGAAAUAGUGCGGGACUCCAACUCCUUUCCCUCUCGCAACAAGGAUCUCUUGGUGCAUGUGGCCCGUGUCAUCCAGGAGGAGGAGAAGAGGGAGGCAGAGCCUGGGUCGGGGGCGUGGUUGGGGUCGGGGGGUUGGCGGGGGGCCUGGAGAGAGGCUGUGAGCGAGGGUGUACAGGCCACGCUGAAGAGUGUUCACUUGGACAGGCCCGAGCAGAAUGCCUCCUGGCUGGCUAUCCACCUGGGUAUGCUGGGCAAGGCCAUCGUGGAGGACUUGAAGAAGGUGAAGGGAGAGCUGCAAGGCUCUUACCCACCCAGCUUUGAUGUGUUCAGCACCUAUGUGAGCUGUUACCAUGGUGCUGUCAGCCAGCACCUGAAGAGGCUUCAGCAGCAGGUGACAGAUCUGAAGGACUACUACACCUUGCUGGACUGGAUCAUCAAUCACUAUGAGAGUGAGAAGAUAAUGAGUAGUCCUUCAUUGAGACCAGAGAUGGAAGCUGAGAACAUAGGCCUCUCCCUGGAGGAGGGUUUCCUGGACCAGCUCAAGGGGAAAUACUGCAUGCGGGCAAAGGAGGAAAUGAGAGCUUCACUGGAUAAAAUAUUAGAGCUUGAAAAUGAGGACAUGUGGAUAAAGAAACAGGCACCAGCGACUGAUGAUGAACACUUCUUUAACUCUGACAUACACAUGGAUAUCUGGACGAAAGUUAAGAGCAAUGCUGUAAACUCCAAGAGGAUUGAUGCAGACCUGGAGAUGGGAGUAGUCUGUUCCUGCUUAGAAGAGUUACAGCAGUUUCCCAAGCAAUUUGAGAACGAAUUUAGGUACUGCUGUAACAGUAUGGAAAACCCUUCACUUUGGGCUGACUAUCAGAUAACCUACAUCAACAGCUUUAAAGCUCUUAAGGAGCACAUGGAAGGUUAUAGGGAGUGCUGCCCGACACAGGUGGACCAUCUCAGCAGAGAGGUGGAUGGCUUGGUCCAUAGACUGGUCCAGGGCCUGGAGGACCAGUUUAAGAAUGAUGUCAGGCCUUACCUCAGGAGAAUGAUGACGAGGAAGUGGCUCUCCACAGAUGAGGACUUCCAACAGCUGUUGAGCAGGACAGAGAAGCUGUCCCAGCGCUGUUCACAAAUGAGACAUCCAUAUGUACAGAUGUUUGUGAGCAGCUUGCACUACUAUGUGGUGAAAGAGUAUGUCUCCCAGCUGAUGAAAAACAACUACUCCUGUAAGAACAGGAAGCAUGACAAAGCAGCCACCAAGAUGAGGGUGCAGUGGGAUGAACUCAAUGAUUUGUUUGAGGAAAUGAAGACAACCCAUGACUGGCUCCACCCAGUAGGAGACCACCUGAGUAACAUAAUUGGGGAAAAGAACAAGAGAGACAUCAAGAACCACCUGAAACAUUUAGUAGCGGACUACCCAGACAUCAGUAAGAAGCACCUAUCGGCCGUGCUGUACUUCAGGGGCUUGGUGCGGGGCAGGGAGAAGCGGGUAAUCCUGCAGUGUCUCACUGAGCUGAAGAAGAAACUAGGAACUGCAGGGAACACUGGAGAUAAAAAAAGAGGCCUCUUCAUUGAUAUGCAGGUCACCAUCGCCAAUACAAACUGUCUGGCUAAUAUGCCUUUCUCCUGCCUCUCUUCUCUUCUCCCAGACAGCUAAUCUACAGGCCUAGAUACAGAAGCCUACCACAGAGAUGGUAACCUAACCAAGCUGUCUGAGAAGGCCUGAGGAGGCUUAUGAAGGACAUACUGUAUGAUUACCAGUAUGAUCACUACGCAAAAAGCAAACAGUCUAAUGAUUAUUUAAAUGUGAAUGGACCUUUACCUGGUAAAUCUUGUUCAUGCAGUCAGAGGUUAUUUAAGACACCUCAUUGAUUAAGCCUUCUUUUUUUAUUUUUUAUAUAUUGUCACUUUAGCCCACUGUUGUUGCAAAAGAAAGCUGAGAACAUAAUUAAUAAUGGGCCUGAUGCUAAAUGAACUCCAUGGUAGGGCUCAAACUGUAUGUUCAGUGUUGAAUGAACUUUACCAUUGAUUUACCUAUUUUCAAGCUAUUCAAAUGUGUCGCUGUAGUGCACAUAUUACUUGUCAACAUAGAAAAGACUCCCUUAGAAAGUCCCACAGUCCACGGUCCUGUUGUUUUGUGGUCAGAACAAGGUUUCAAAAUAUCACAUCUGAUAAUGUCAUUAAACCACAAACGAAUACAAGUUUCUCCCGUUGUUAGGGAAGUGAGAGUUUUUGUUCCCCUCGAAUCAUUUUUGGACACUUUGACAGGACUGGACUCCUUCCUUAUAUCUGUCUGUUCUUCCGUUCGUUCCCCGUGUCAGCAUUAUUGUCGUUUACGUUUCCCCUGUCCAGACGCUGUCCGUGUUCUGUUUAAUGUCUGUGUUUUCAUUAAAUGUUCGCUCCCUGUACUUGC